GAGUUCUUGAAGGUGCUUGCUUUCAGAAGGCCAAGCCUGUUCGGCGUGUGUUGCAGCAGUUGUCCUAUUUGAGAGCCCCUGUAUCACUUGAACCAUGGGUGACUCUCUGUUUCGGAAAGUGGAGCCUGGUGAGAAGAUUGAACCCCCAAAGGCGUUCCAGGCAUGGGCCACAAAUACCAUGGCGGGACUGUUUGCGGGAAUGCUGUUUGGUGGGGUGAGGGAGGCAAUUGCACCUGUGAAGGAGUGGGAAAUCCCACGUGCCAGCCCCUCCGCCACCUCAGGUCCGGGUCGAGGUGCAUCGGUAUUGAGAACGCCGGCUGCACAAAGUCACAGCCAAGGAUUUGACAGAUGGCUAUCGUCUGGGGGAGGGGGAGGGGGAGGGGGAGGGGGAGGUGUAGGGGUCGGGGUCGGGGGGGGGGAAGGAGGUGCAGGGAUGACACGGAGGGAGGCUCUUCGCAUCCAGAGAGAACUCAUGGAGAAAAGGUUUGUCCGUAUCUGUAGGGGCUCCAUCGUUGGGGGUGCACAACUCAGUGCUUUCACCGGCUUGUUCUGUGGCGUGCAGGCAUAUCUGGCUGCGCCGCACAGCGUGGCCGGACAUGACCCUUUCCACACCAUUGUAGCCGGGUCUACAACUGCUGCUGCGUUUGGUCUCGUCCUGAAGGGGUCUGUCUCUGCUCGUCUUCGAACUGGCCUCCUUGGAGCCGUCCUUGGCUCGGUCAUAUGCUCCCCCCUUGCUUUUCUCCACUCAGCUCUGCAGCUGAACUCCUCUCAAGACCUCGCAUCUUUGGCAUCGACACCUGAUGGACAGGAGUCUGUCGUGAACGCCUCGGUCGAACAGCGAGGAGGAGCCGCCGAGGACGCGAUUGGCAUUGCAAAUGUGAUCGAUAGGUUGGAGCGAAGACUGGCCGUCCAAGUGCAGUCGUCUUCAUCCUCCUCAUCCGACCCAUCACAAUCGUCAACGUCGGUGUCAUCCUCCUGAUGGUAGGAGCUUCAGCAGCUGUGGCAAUUAUCUGAAGGAUCUUAUAUUCAUCUUGCUCCUUCGGAAUCGUAGCUGAGAGAACAAACAGUGAGGAACUGAGACUGGGGGAGGCGUUCGAGCCCGAGUGACCACCAUUUUGGGAGGAAGAUGUUUGCUGUGAAUAGCUGAGAACCGCCACCUCUGCGUAAUGUGGAUGCUCGCUCAUGUAAUCCUUUGUCAUUCUUCGUAAAAAUAAUAGUUUUAUUUUACUAAUCCCUCGAAAGGAAGAAUUGUGACCCUUGCGAUGGUGGAUAGCUUUGGGAGGGGCACUGUUGAUUUUAAUUGGUCAGUAGAACGAACGCCUAUGUAGCUGUUGAUAAACAAGAUCGUGAGUU